AUGGACAAGCGCGAUUGUGCCCUGUGUCGUCGGCGUCGCGAUCUCUUCUCCUGCGCGAACUGUACAUCCGCCAUGCUACAACAACGUCGUACCAUGCUCGCUGCACUGCAGGCGGAUGUGGCUGUGCUGCGCAAGAAGACCGAGGUCGCGCUGAGCACGAAAACCGCUCUCGUGAAUGCCGAGCUUCGUUUGGACCAGUGGAUGAAGCAAAUCGAGCAACUGUCCAAGCGGGUCAUGACGACCCGCGAAGAGCUUUGUGCCGAGAGAAUUGCGGUCGUUGAGCGGACGUCGAGGCUCGAAGAGCGGACGUUCCAGAUCGACGACGCACGUCAGAACUUGCACCGGGAGAAGGAACGAGCUGAGAAUCUGUAUUCGCCUGUGCUCGAGUGUCUCGACUAUCAGGUCCAGUGGGCAGACGAGAAUGCGGCAAAAGUGAGGGGAGAUCGAUUGCGUGAGUUGUUUGCGCUGUUUGCCUUGACCCCAGAGAUAGGGAAGAGAGAGGAAGGAGAAAAGGACGAGGCACCACGUGAGCUUCCUGGUGAGCACAAGGGUGCUCUGCGAGAACAGGGAUACUGCAGCCACACAAGGUCGAAUGUCGCUGUGUUCUUCCGAACGAUUGUAGGCCUGCCACUACCAAUAUCGGGCAAGUAUGGCAGUGUGCCGCCUGAAGUGGUGGCUGCGGCACUUGGCAAAGUAAUUCACCUCCUGCAUUGUCUUGUCAAGUACCUGAAGAUCACAUACCCGCAUCCGAUGGAGUUUACUGGAUCCUUUUCGACGAUUGGAAACACAAGGGAAGGCUCUGGGUGUCACACACUUUACCCCGAUGGCAGCGAUGGGUUUGAGCGUGGAGUAUGUAUGCUUCAUGAGAAUGUAGCAUUCUUGUGUACCUGUCAAGGUGUUUCCAAAAACGACAUCCACCCGACCGAUUUACUUGGAAACCUUCUGCAAGUCUACAAGUCUCCAAGACUUGGAACGCUGUGCGACCAAGUUGCGUUUGGCGCAAGCAAGAGUCCACACGAGAAUAGUGCAGCGGAGUCAGCGCUGCUAGAAAACUCGCUGAGUCUGGGCGGAAGUCUUGAGAUUUUGCCCCAUUAUACACAUGGCAGAGCUCUGUAG